AUGGACAACAAUCAAGAGCCCGAAGAGGCCACCGACCGAUCCGAACUGCUGUCCGGAGACGGAAAGAAUAGCAAGUCUGUCAUGUGUCAACGCUGCGGGUCCAAAGUGCUGUCUCCGGGGAUAGCUACGUUUGCAGAGAAGGAGCUUUUUCUGCCAUCCAUGAGGAAAAAGAGUGGCCUCAGCGCCACAGAGAGCUCAGUGGACGGCGACACUCUGACUGAUCAUUGGUUAGUCGGGGACAUGUUUGAUUUUGAGAACGUGGGCUUCACAAAUGACGUGGGGAGAAUCAAGUACCUCAUCUGUGCAGAUUGUGAGAUUGGACCGAUCGGCUGGCACUGUUUGGAUGACAAAAGUACUUACUACAUUGCCUUGAAAAGAGUGACGCAUGCAUGA